AGGACACACCCUCCAUGCUCUCCCUCUCUCUCCUUCACUCUCUCUCUCUCUCGCACUCUCAUUGUUUCCCACACUGACUCUGUCGCCGCCGGGCUUCGUAUCGGAUUGACAAAUGAUCAGCCAGCCGCUUGGAUGAGAAGAGCGCAAAGUGAAAUCAUUCCGCUGGAGAGACUCAACUUUGAUCUACACAUUAAUCAGAAAAAGAGGAAGAUAUAGGCUCAUUGAUAAUAAUAUUUGUGCUUCUGUUUUGCGCGUUUGUGCAUGGAUCAGACUUGAAGACAGACACACAGGAGAAGAGAGAGUGCGUCCGUUAAUUGGGAUGAGAGUUCAAGUCAAGUGAGCCGACAGAUUGGACCUUUAAAGCUUCUUAACGCAGGUGGUGGGUGGAAUACAGCACAAGGGGAGUGUGGUUUAUGUGUCGCGUGUGAGUGUGCGCGCGCUGGGCUCAGGUGCGUCGUUCCCAGUGGAAAUCCACCCCGGACGCAGUGGUGAGGGGUGAGCGGGUGUGUGUGUGGGGGCAAGUGGGAGGUGAAAUCGAAGAGGAGACAGGGGCAGUUAGUUAUGAUUUCUCUGAACUGGACGCGAUGAAGGUGCUCUGCGGGAGUUAGACUGGGGAGGAGGAGAGCUGGUCGGACGGACGAAGUGGAGGGAGGAGGAGGAGGAGGACACCGCCAAAGCGCACAACACGGCCCCUAAGCACUUGACGCAGGGAUGGAGAGCACAAGAGCGCACAGGUUAAGUCGACUUGAUUCCAGGAACCGGAGUGUAAAAACCACAGGGAAGCCGGACAUGAGGGCUGUCAGACACUUUGACACCUACACCUGCAGCGGACUGUGAUUUUCUCAUUGCGCUCACGAUACAACCACAGGCUGUGUUUGCAGUGGGAAUGUUCGAGCUCCAGAUCCGCCACUUCCAAAACCCUCAUGGACCUCCUGCAGACCGGAGACUGCUGUGACCUCCAGGCCAGCGGGGGUCAGCGCUGCUCUGCUAGAGACCAAUGUGACACUUUCUUCCAAGCCUGCCUCAAGGAGUACCAGGCUCGGGUCGUUGCAACUGGAACCUGCACAUUUGGGUCAGGCAGCACAGGGGUCCUAGGUGGAAACUCCCAGUCACUCCGCCAUCGAAGUCAUGAUGGAGGUGGAGGAGGAGCAGGAGGAGGUGGAGGAGGAGCAGGAGCAGGAGGAGGAGGAGGAGGAGGAGAGGAUGGGACUAAUGGACACAUUGUCAUUCCCUUCAAAUACGCAUGGCCAAAGUCUUUUUCUCUGGUUCUGGAGGCCCUGGACUAUGACAAUGACACAUCAGAAUCAGGUCAGCUGAUCGAGCGCGUCCUCCUCUCCUCUAUGCUGAACCCUGGUGAACAGUGGCAAGUUUACCGUCACCACGGACGGAUUCUUAGUCUGGAGUAUCGACUGCGCUUUCGCUGCGACUCAAACUACUACGGACCAUUCUGCAACAAGUUCUGCAGAGCCCGGGACGACUUCUUUGGCCACUUCAACUGUGACCCCAGCGGCUCCAAAGUCUGCAUGGAUGGCUGGACUGGACCAGAAUGCAAAGAAGCGGUGUGUAAGCAGGGGUGUAACCAGGCCCAUGGCUUUUGUACAGAACCUGGAGAAUGCAAGUGUCAUUACGGCUGGAUGGGGGCUCUGUGUGAUAAGUGUUUGACGUUUCCUGGCUGCAUGUACGGGAGCUGCACCGAGCCUUGGCAGUGUGUGUGUGACGUCAACUGGGGCGGACUCCUCUGUGACAAAGAUCUCAACUAUUGUGGUACCCAUCAGCCCUGUAAGAACGGAGGGACCUGCACCAACACAGAGCCAAACGAGUACCAGUGUGAGUGUCAGGAAGGUUUCAAGGGACGCAACUGUGAAAAUGUCGAACAUGCUUGUUUGUCAUCCCCGUGUAUGAAUGGAGCGACAUGUGUGGAGGACCCAACGGGCUUCAGCUGCACCUGCACUGACAACUGGACUGGACUCACCUGUGCAGAACCGGUGAGGCAGUGUGAUCGGAGUCCGUGUGGGCGUGGUGCAACAUGUGAGGAGGCUCCUGGAGGAUACCUCUGCCUCUGUCCGCCUGGAUGGACCGGCAGAACGUGCCAGCUCGACACCAACGAAUGUGAACGGAAUAUAUGUGUCCACGCCCGGUCUUGCCGAAACCUGAUCGGUGGAUACCUGUGUGACUGUAUUCCUGGAUGGACAGGACCGAACUGUGACAUCAGGAACAGCAGCUGUCAUGAUUUGUGUCUGAACGGUGGACGCUGUGAGGAUCAGAUGUCGGGUCCCGAUGUUGGUGUCCCCUGGAUUCACAUGGAAAGACUGCAAGAGGCCCUAGUCCUUGUGACAGUGCCCCCUGUCUGAAUGUGGAAAAUGUGUAGAGAAGGACCGAAGAACUGCAACCUGCAACUGUCCCUCCGGACAUUCAGGAGCCUUUUGUGAGAUUGUUUUAGACCCAUGUAAUCCCAACCCCUGCCAGCAGGGGGUGUCCUGUCACAGCUCAGAGGGCAGGUAUAUGUGUGUCUGUCCUGAGGGUUACUAUGGAAAUGAAUGUAUGAGCCUUAAAAAUCCCUGCAUUGGCCACCACUGUCCAGGUGCAAUGUCAGACUCCACACAUGGAGGCGUCAGUUUCUACAUGGUGCUGGUUGGCAUCUUAGCGUUAGUGACAGUCUGCGGCUGUGCAGCCUGCGCCUUCAUCCUCUCUCACCUCCAUCGAAAGAGGAAAAAGCAGCAGGCUGUUCCACAGGAAGAGAGCAUCAACAACCAGAGGGAGUUUGUCAACCUCAUCAGAAAUGUAGACCGUCCUGUGCCUCUCUUGCCCCCCAGUGUACCACUAACGCACACACCAGCUCCUGCCCCAGUGUCGCGCUGCUACGAGGAGAUUGAACUAACCCUACCGCCUUCCCCAGCCCCUUCACAUCCCUCCCCGGCACUAAAGCCGGCCCAUGCCCCCAAACUGGACAUUUCAAACCGAGAGAGGGAGAAGCUGAACCGCUUUCACCACACAGACAACCAGGAACUGGAGGUCUGACCCUUGAACUCUGAACUCUCAGCCAAUGUUACCAGGUUCUGGUGUGGCGUCACUAUUGCAGUAAUGAAAACAGGGUGUCCUGUGAACCUUUUGUGCUAAGAUGGCAUACACCUGAGGAGCGGAGGCUGCUAAGAGUAAUGUCAAAGUCUGCGUCUUCACUGCGUUGUCAUUUUGAGAAAUAGACGGCAUAUGAUGCUCGAUUGUAAGACAUUAAUUAAUCUGGAGACUCAAAGUCAUGCCGUGGAGUGCCUGAAAUACUGACAAGGGACAAACUGAGUCGCAGAGGAUCAGAUGCAGCCUUGCUACUUGUUUACCAGCCCAUGAUGCCAUGUGAUUGGUGUUUAGACCUCCAUUUCUAUUUCAGGCUGAACUCCAACAGAGAGAAUAAUGAAUGAAUUCUUAUUUAACACUCAGUCUGUUGCCAUGUCCAUAUGUGAUUGUAUGUGACUGUGUGUGGAAAUGAAAAAGAGAGAAUGUAUAUUAUGAGUAUAUGUGGUGAAAAAAGGAAGGACAAAAGCAUUUUCUGAACUGAACAUGAUUCUCCUCUAAGUAAAAAAAAUAUAUAAAUACUGGUCAAAAGAGAGUGGAUACUCCUGAUGGAAAGGCUUUUAUGCCUUUUGAAAACUGAUUUAAAACUAUACACUGUUGCCUGUCUUGUCUCUGUAAUACUACAGUUGUCAAAGAUGUAUGAUUUUUUUUUAUACCUGUGUGUAAAUAGCUUUUUUGUACAUAAAUAUAUUGUACAUAUUGAUGCCCCCUUUUGUACCAUGGUUUGGUCUGAGAAAUCACUGUAUUACUGUUUGUCUCAUCUCACUUUCCAUUUGGGAGCAACCAGCACAUGUGGAUUGUAAUAAAAGGCAUUUAACGGCUGUA